UGCCGAAAUAUUUUGCAGAUAUCUUGAAAAGGUUUAAAUUAAUUCAAAAGUAUUUUAACUUGUAGUUAUUUUAUUCUAAAAAAAUAAACAAAAAAUGGCUGACUAUGAUUCUGAUGAUGAAAAAUCACAAAUAGAUAAACUGCGCUAUGCCAAAGUUCCACGAGGUAUGCAUGUCAGUGGUUGGGAUGACGAUGCUGAUGAGCUUAUCGAAGAAGAUCGUAAUCCUCAAGCUAGCAUUGAACGUAUGAUUUUGUGGGCAGUCAAUGAAAAUAAAGUAAGUGAGGUAAAAGAAAUAUUGCAGUUGGACCCAGAGGCAGUGACAGCUAUAGACGAUGAUGGCUAUACACCUUUACACCGGGCUUGUUACAAUAAUUUUGAGGACAUAGCCAAACUUCUAAUACAAUACAAAGCUGAUCCAAAUGCUAAAACAAAUAUGGGCUGGACGCCUUUGCAUUCGGCUUGUAAAUGGAGCAAUGCCCAAUGUGCUCUUUUGCUGCUACAACAUGGUGCUAAUGUCAAUGCCCAGUCGGAUGGACAACAAACACCACUACAUGUAGCUGCCACUGUAUCGAAUUGCCGCAAUACGGCUACAGUAUUAUUGAUGGAUCAGAAUAUUAAUGCCAAAGCAUUGAAUAAUUCGGAUGAAACGGCCUGUGAAAUAGCUUUGCGUAGUGGUUUAACGGGACCUGUUUUUGAAAUGGCCCAUAGUGCCUAUGACAUUGAAACUGGUUUGAUAGAUUAGAUCUUAGAAAAUAAGUUUAUUUUGAAAAAAUAUGUAAUAAAUUAGACAAAAGGGAAUUUAGCUUUUAGCAAUACAAUACAA